UCGAGAUUCUCGACCCGACGACCCAUGACCGACUUUAAACCCAAUUUGAGAGUUCAUUCUUCUCACUAGCCAAAAUUAGAAAAUCCAAGGAGAAAACCCCAGUCUCUCAUUCUUCCUCUUCUAAACUUCUAACCGUCACUCUCCAUUCUGCAAACUUGCAAAGCAUUUUGGCUGAUUGUUGUCCUUCCAAAAAUGAGGGUUCGGAAACUGCGAGCACCAUUGCCGGAAAACAAGUAUUUAACACCAGAUCUAUGGAGUGAGGUCUUGCUUAGGUCGCCGCCGAAAACCCUCUUACGAUUCAGGUGUGUCUGUAAAUUAUGGUGUUCUUUAAUUGAUUCUCCUGAUUUCAUUUCUAUGCAUCUCAAAACUUAUAAGAACAAUCAAUUAUUAUCAACUGAACAUGUACCCAAAACAUGCUUCGAUUCUGUGUUCGUAAUUCGUCGCAGUGACACUACAACUAGAAAAGUUGCUCAACUUGUUAAGGAUUCGGAAUCCUCUAUGAUUUCUGAAUGUGCUAUGAUUGAUGGGUUAAUGUUGAUGGGCUGUUAUAGUUCGAAUGAUUCGAAUUCAAAAGACUUGAGUUUGUGGAACCCUUCUAUUAGAAAAUUAAUUCCGAUUCCCCUUUGCCCUCUUAAAAUUAAUAAUUUUGUUGCUGUUGAAUAUCAUUUGGGAUUUGCUCCUCUCAGUAAGGAUUAUAAGGUGGUUGUUUUUGAGCUUGGUGAUUUAAAUUUAAAUGCUUCAAAAUUGUCUGUUGCAAUUGCAAUUUAUUCAGUUCGUGAUCGUCUUUGGCGAAUGAAACCCAACUGGAGCGAUUUUCCCAAGUGGUGUUUAGAAUUAAUGCAGGCGAGGGAUGGGGCUGUUUUCUCCCAAGGGGCAUUUUAUUGGAGACCUUAUUAUCAAUACUUGAAAUGUCUAGGAGAAGAAUCAAAUACCCAUCUUCUGUCCUUCGACGUUGAAUCCGAAGAAUUUAGUUUUCUAAAGUUGCCGGAUAUUGGGGAAGAAAUGCGCAAGUUCAUUUUUCUCCUUGGUGGGUCAUUAGCUCUUUUUGGUAUUUCUAAAUCAGAAGCUUGUAUAUGGGUAAUGGAAAAGAGUUGUGGAAAGGAUCCGUGGCGACAAUUCUCUUCUGGAGAUUCUGAUACAGAUACCUACGAAUCCUUAAAUCGUUGUUCAAUGCAUAAUUUGCAUUUUUCGCACAUAGGAAAUACCGAUGUGUUGUUGAUACAUUACUUUAACAAACUGAUGUUUUAUAACAUUACAAGUCAUCAAGUACAACAUAGAAAACAUUUCCGUUGUUUACAUAUGGAUAUUUAUGUGGAGAGCUUGGUGCUGCACAAAGUAUAGGAAGGUGAAACGUCAAGCUCACUCGUAUAAAAGGGACAGUAUCACAUAAUGGCUGAUUCUGAGAGGUGACAGGUUAGCCUUCAAAUAGGUGCAUCCAGAACUCGAAUUGUUCCUUUCGGCAUCUUUUUCACAUCUAGCAAAUAAGGAUAACAUGAUGAUGCUCAAGUUUAUAUUUCUUCUUGGUGGGUCAUUAGCUGUUUUCGGUAUUUCUCCAUUGAAACGUUGCAUAUGGGUUAUGGAAAAAGAUCAAUCAUGGCGCCAAGAAUUUUCUGGAAAUUCCACAUCUGAUGAUGAUGAUGAUGCUUAUGGUUUAUUCAUGUCUUUGGAAGAUUCAUUGGCAGAUAGAAACCUCUUGUACAAUGAAAGUAAUGGUACCUUCUUGAUAAGGUUCAACGAAAAAGCGAGUUUGUAUAACAUUACUAGUCAUCGGAUACAGCAUCCGCCAAAAACUGUCGAAGAAUUCUACCUGGAUACUUAUGUUGAGAGUUUGGUGUUGCACAAACAAUCCAAUCUGGUGACCUAA